AUGCUCUCUCAAAUCCAAGAUAGUUCGACCAUUAUGAUUGGUGGCUUUGGAACAGCAGGACAGCCCGCAGAGCUGAUCGAUGGGCUGAUUGAACUUGGCGUUAAAGAUCUGGUGAUUGUCAAUAACAAUGCAGGCAAUGGCGAUUAUGGUCUGGCUAAACUGCUUAAAUCAGGUGCAGUCCGUAAAAUCAUUUGUUCUUUCCCACGUCAGUCGGACUCUUGGGUAUUUGAUGAACUCUACCAUGCGGGCAAGAUCGAACUUGAACUGGUUCCACAAGGUAAUCUCGCGUGUCGUAUUCAAGCCGCAGGAAUGGGUUUAGGUGCAGUGUUUACCCCAACAGGUUUUGGCACCUUAUUGGCAGACGGCAAAGAAACUCGUCAUAUCGAUGGCAAAGACUACGUGCUUGAAUAUCCGAUUAAAGCAGACUUCGCACUGAUUAAAGCACAUCAAGGCGACCGUUGGGGCAACUUGGUUUAUAACAAAUCAGCACGUAACUUUGGUCCAAUCAUGGCGAUGGCUGCAGAUGUCACCAUUGCACAGGUUUCAGAGGUGGUUGAAUUGGGUCAACUCGAUCCUGAGCAUAUUAUUACCCCAGGGAUUUUUGUUCAGCAUGUGGUUGCAGUUGAUGCAGCCAAUGAUAUUCCCGAUGGGGCUUAUGUCAAUUUAGGCAUUGGUUUACCGACCAAGAUUUCAAAAUAUCUGCCAACAGACAAAGAUGUAUUCCUACAUUCUGAAAAUGGUUUAUUGGCUUUUGGUCCUCCACCUGCUAAAGGUGAAGAAGAUCCUGAGCUGAUUAAUGCUGGCAAAGAAUAUGUCACCAUGCUAACGGGUGGCUCGUUUUUCCAUCAUGGUGAUUCUUUUGCCAUGAUGCGUGGUGGACAUUUGGAUAUUGCUGUAUUGGGUGCAUUCCAAGUGGCGGCUAAUGGUGAUCUUGCCAAUUGGCAUACCGGUGCGCCAGAUGCAAUUCCUGCGGUGGGUGGUGCAAUGGAUUUGGCUGUAGGGGCCAAGAAAGUCUUUAUCACCACAGAUCAGGUGACCAAGCAAGGUGAACCCAAGAUUGUAGAAGAGCUGAGCUAUCCAGUAACAGGCAAACAUUGUGUUGAUCGUAUUUAUACCGACCUAUGCGUGAUUGAUGUGACUACAGAUGGCUUAAAAGUGCUUGAAAAAGUUGCAGGUCUGAGCUUUGAAGAAUUACAGGCUUUGACGGGUGCUCAAUUGAUUGAUGCGACACAGGGAUAA